AUGGCUGCGAAAGACCCGGUCGAGAGUUUAACCGAGGAGGCAGUUUGUCCCAUCUGCCUGGAUUUCUUCACCGAUCCGGUUAUACUGGACUGCGGGCACAACUUCUGCCGCUCCUGUAUCACACAGAGUUGGGACAGGGAGGGGAGAAACUCCUGCCCGGAAUGUAGAGAGGAAUUUACAGACCGCACCCUCAGGGUGAAUCGGGCCUUGGCGAGACUGUCUGAGAAAGCUCGAACACUGAGCCUGAAUCGGACAGAGAAGGAAAGUAAACUUCAGUGCGAGGAACAUCAGGAAGAACUGAAGCUGUUUUGUGAAACUGACAAGAAGCUGAUCUGUGUGAUUUGUCGAGAUGCGCGGGAACACAGAGAUCACCGCUUCAUGCCGGUUAAAGAAGCUGUUCAAAUAUACAAGGAACAGGUGAAAUCUUCUUUCGAAUCUCUCACAGAAAAGGAAUCAGAGAUCCAGAAAAUUGAGCAGGAACAGAAAGAGAGCAUUUCUGGAGUUCAGGAAGAGUCACACAACCUUCAGUCACAGAUCACAUCCCAGUUUGCUGAACUGCACCAGAUUCUCACUGAUAAAGAGCAGCGUUUACUCGGUGAUGUCCGGGAAGAAGAGGUGAAGAUUGUAAAAUCAAUGGAGAAAAAUCUUCAAGGGAUACAAGAGAAUUUAAAAUCAAUUCAGGAGGAACUCUCAAAGCUACAGGAACAGACAGACCACAAGAACGGCCUGAUAUUUCUGAAGGAGGAAGCUGGUCGCAAGAGGAGGUAGGACAUGCUUUUGACUGAAACAAUGUAUGUUUUUAUAGUACAGCUCAAAAAAACAUCUAAUGCCCAGUUUCUAACCAGCUGUUAAAUAU